UGCUAAUCUUCUUUUCAACCGUCAAAACAAUACACUUCUUCUCUUUGAGUCUGAAAAACCACAAACUUCAUGGCGACAAAAACAGUUGAAGUCAGUAAUGUGUCCUUAGGUUCAACAGAACAAGACAUAAAGGAGUUCUUUUCCUUCUCUGGUGAAGUUGAACAUGUUCAACUACAAAGUGAGAAUGAGAGAUCACAAACUGCAUUUGUCACCUUCAAGGAUCCCAAGGGAACAGAAACUGCACUUCUUCUUUCGGGAGCAACAAUAGUUGAUCAGCAAGUUACGGUUGCUCUUGCUCAAGACUACAAGCUGCCAUCUGCUGACAAUUCCACACUUCCAACAGGAGCAGAGGGAACAGCACAAGGUGGUUCCGAAUCUGCUGUCAAAAGGGCGGAGGACAUGGUCAGCAGCAUGCUCGCCAAGGGCUUCACUUUGGGCAAGGACGCACUGAAGAAGGCCAAGUCAUUUGAUGAGAAGCACCAGCUAAGUUCCAGUGCCACGGCGAAAGUGGCUUCUCUGGAUCAAAAGAUUGGACUGAGUGAGAAAAUCAGCGCCGGCACAAGCAUUGUGAAUGGCAAGGUGAGGGAAAUGGAUGAGAAGUUUCAGGUCUCCGAGAAGACGAAGUCUGCCUUUUCAGCCGCCGAGCAGACCGUGACAAAUGCUGGAUCAGCAAUCAUGAAAAACCGCUACGUGCUAACUGGGGCAUCUUGGGUAACCGGUGCUUUUAGCAGGGUUGCCAAGGCGGCUGGUGAGGUGGGCCAGAAGACUAAGGAAAAGGUCUCAACACAACAAGAUCAUUAAACUAUAGUUGGAGGUGAUGAUGUUGAUCAGACUGAUCAUCAGACCCACCAGUCCUAAUCUCCAAAUUAAGAUAUCACAGCAUCAAGGCUUGACCCUCUAAUUAUUUGAUAAGUAUACUUAAGUUUGUAUAUCGCUAAUACGGUUAGGUCAACAUUACAUAUUUAAGGGAAAGUUACAAAUCUUUCACUUUUAGUGCUUUUGCAGUUGAAAAUUGAAGUUUUAUUUAAGCACAAUGUAAGUUUGUCACUUUUUGUUUAUGAAUGUAUAUAGACAAUGCUCAAUAAAGGCUAGGCAAAGUGGUCAC